UCGGAACUUUUGUUUUAGUAACCUCUUGGCUGUGUUGGCCCGCUGUGUUCGUCGUUUUGUCGCUACUCAUCUCCUCAAGAGACAUUUGUUAUAGUCAUUAUGGGAGAGGGUGGGAAAGAAAUUAAAGGACUGAGUUUCGCCGAAAAUUUUCUGCUUAGCGGUGCUGCUGCAGUUAUCGCGAAGACCGCAGCUGCUCCGAUAGAGCGAGUUAAACUACUCGUUCAAAAUCAAGAUGAGAUGAUCAAGCAAGGGCGCUUAGAUAAACCGUACACUGGUGUUAUAGACUGUACUGUACGAACAUUCCGGCAAGAAGGCAUACUACCCUUCUGGCGUGGAAAUUUACCUAAUUGCUUGAGGUACUUCCCUACCCAAGCUCUGAACUUUGCAUUUAAGGACAAAGUGAAGUCAGCGUUUAAGCAAAAUAAAGAUGAUCCAUACGUGGUUGCUUUCUACAAAAACGUGGUCAGUGGUGGUGCAGCAGGUGCUCUGUCCUUAGUGUUCGUUUAUUCUUUGGACUACGCUCGAACUCGUCUGGCCAAUGACAACAAAUCUGCCAAAAAGGGUGGGACUCGUGAAUUCAAUGGUUUGGUUGAUGUCUAUGCUAAAACGUUCAAGUCAGAUGGUAUUGCUGGUCUCUACCGUGGCUUCGUUAUCUCGUGCGUCGGUAUAAUUGUAUACAGAGGAUUUUACUUUGGAUUGUAUGAUACUUUGAAACCGAUAUUCCUUGGGCCGGAUGCAGGUGUGGCAAUCAGUUUCUGCCUCGGUUAUGGUGUGACUGUCACUUCUGGAUUGAUAUCCUAUCCGAUUGAUACUAUCCGUCGGCGUAUGAUGAUGACUUCAGGCCAAGCUGUCAAAUACAAAAGCUCAAUUCACUGUGCAUCUGAAAUACUGAAAAAUGAAGGACCAAUGUCUCUCAUGAAGGGUGCCGGUGCAAACAUACUCCGAGGUGUCGCCGGCGCUGGUGUGUUGGCUGGAUUCGACAAAUUUAAAGAACUAUAUGCCGAUUUCAGAUUACCGAAAAAGCCAUCUCCUUAAGUGUUGCAAUUAGCAAUGAAUUGUAAAGUUAGCAUUGAGGUUUACGCUCAUCUCUUACAUGUAAGUGAAUAUUCAGGAAUUUAGGCCGAAACCCUGGUCUCUAAAUUCUAUAGCUGCAGAUGACCUACUUCAUAUGUUCAAAUAUUUGUCGUGGUUUUACCGAGGUAAGUCUCAAUCCAACAUGGGAAUUUUUUGCAUCAUGUUAUCCUGUAGUUCGUGUCAACUUAUAUACUCUUGAUAGAUUAACACAUUAG